AUGGUUCUUUCUUCAAACUGGCUUAAACUUCAAAGCUCACAAAAACCUGUGAAACCUGUGAAACCUCUGAAACCUGUAAAAUCCAAAUGUGUGGCAAAAGCAGUUCCAAAUCCUGUUCAGAAGGCUUCAACGAAGGACAAAGAGAUCAAACUGCACAAGACCAAUAAAAUACUGAAGUCUAAUGAUAGAAAAACUGCAACUAGGAGUAAGAAAAACAUCAUGAACAUGGUCAACUCCAUGACUCAUGAAAUGGAUAAGCUUGAGGACCAAAAAAAAAAUAUACUCGCGUCAGGUAAUCCGCAAAGCGCUUCAUCUGCCGAUGUCGAGCAAACAUUGCAGGCAGAUAUGGCCGACAGAAGUCUGAACAGAGCUUCAGAGGUAGGGAAAUAUGUCGCAAUUGAUUGUGAGUUUGUGGGAGUGGGGCCUGAUGGUAAAGAUUCUGCGCUAGCAAGAGCCACGGUAGUUAACUUCUUCGGCCAUGUUGUACUCGAUGUUUUUGUUAAACCUCAAGAAAAAGUUACUGAUUGGAGGACUUGGGUAAGUGGGGUACGACCUCAGGACAUGCAGAGUGCUGUUCCGUUUGCGGUAGCUCAGGAACAAGUAGCAAAGACUCUAGAGAAUAGAUACCUAGUCGGACACUCGGUAACGCAUGAUUUGCAGUCGCUUUUCCUCUCUCAUCCACGCACCAUGAUUAGAGAUACGUCAAGGCACAUACCCUUCAGAAAGAAGUACGCAGGCGGAAAAACGCCAAGCUUGAAAAAAUUAGCCAAGGAAAUUUUGGGACUUGAUAUUCAAGGAGCUGAACAUUCACCUAUUGAGGACGCGAGAGCAACGAUGUUAAUCUAUAAGUCCGAUCGUAAGGAGUUUGAAAGACUACAUCAAAUCAAAUAUGGGCCGGCAAAGUGA